AUGGGAAAAACCACGUACUGUCAAAAACUGGCGUAUGACUGGGCAGCUAAGCAAGACGAAUUGAACCCGUCCUUUCCAAAGAUUGAAGUGCUUCUACUUCUCAAAUGUCUCGAAAUGAAGUCUGACAUCUGGGAAGCUAUUGAUGAUCAAGUUCUCCCCGAGGAAAUGGAUAAUGAAACUAAGGAAUGCUUCUUUAAAUUCAUUCGUGAAAAUCAGUCCAAGGUUCUGUUAGUGCUAGAUGGACUAGACGAAGCGGAUCCUAGAAACCACAAAAUGUUUUAUAACCUUCUUGAAGGUAAAGAACUUGCAAGUUGUUACAUUGUUCUCACGUCUCUUCAUGAGGCUGGAAGGAAUGCAAGGCGGUACUGUGACAUUCUUUGGGAGAUUGUAGGAUUUACCCGAAAGGAUACAGAAAGCUUUAUUCAUAAAUACUUUAAAAACGUCAACAAAGAGCACUUGGCCAUGAAGCUUAUGGAAAUGGUAUGGGCUGAUCCCUGGUUAAUUGAGUCUGAAAAACCUCAAAAUCUGCCCGAUUUGACAACAAAUCCGUUAAACACUGCUUUGCUUUGUGUUAUCUGGGAGGAUUUAAAAGGCGUGUUCCCAACGAGCAGAACUGAAUUGUACACUGAGAUUGUUCUUCUUGUUUUGGAAAGAUAUGAACAAAAGCAAGGACUAUCGAGCGACAGUAAAGACCUCUUGUCCGUCUACAAUAAAGACUUGAUAUAUCUCGGAAGAAUGGCGUUCGAGUCUCUUCAAAACGGAGGGUUGUGUUUUGAAGAACAUCAAUCAGGCGGUGGCUGCAUCGUCUUAUCCAAGAUGGGAUUCCUUUCACUUCAGCCUGCUGGCAGUAAGAGGAGAGUUCGUGCGCGUUACGCAUUUCCUCAUAAGAGCUUUCAAGAAUUCUUUUCUGGUUUCUUUCUUGCUGGAAAACUUAUUGAAGGAAAAAUGAGCUGCGAGUCAGUGGUGACUGAUCAAAGAUAUGAGAGCGAACUAUAUCAAGUAUUUGUAUUCUUGAUAGGAAUAUUGGUGUCAAAAAGUAAGAAAACUGCAGAAUCUCUCGUUAAAAGCGUGGCUGCAAAUAUCAAUUUCACAAGUCUUAAGUUAGACACAGACGCAGCUAAUGACGUUUCAAAACGUGUAUUAUUUGCUGUAAGAAGUCUAUCUGAGAACGCAAGUUUACUUCAAACCUUAUGGGAGCACCUUAACUUUACUCAGUUAAAGCUGAGGGAGAGCCAGGUUAACGAUUCUGGUGUUGCGUCUCUUUCCCAGAUUCUUGCAGUCUACUCCUCCUUAACUAAUUUGGAUUUGAGUAAAAACUCCAUUGAUGCUUCUGGUGCCGCAUCUCUUUCCCACGGUCUUGCAGUCAACUCCUGCUUAACUGAGCUUGAUUUGAGUGGGAACCGUAUUCAUGGUUCUGGUGCUGCAUCUCUUUCCCAGGCUCUUGCAGUCAACUCCUCCUUAACUAAUUUGAAUUUGAGUACCAACUCAAUUAAAUGUCGUGGUGCUGCAUCUCUUUCCCAGGCUCUUGCAGUCAACUCCUCCUUAACUAAUCUGAAUUUGGAAUUAAACAGUGUUGGUGAUUCUGGUGCUGCAUCUCUUUCCCAGGCUCUUGCAGUCAACUCCUCCUUAACUAAUUUGAAUUUGAGAACCAACUCAAUUAAAUGUCCUGGUGCUGCAUCUCUUUCCCAGGCUCUUGCAGUCAACUCCUCCUUAACUAAACUGGAUUUGAGUUGGAACAGUAUUGGUGAUUCUGGUGCUGCAUCUCUUUCCCAGGCUCUUGCAGUCAACUCCUCCUUAACUAAUCUGGAUUUAAGAUCGAACAACAUUGGUGAUUCUGGUGCUGCAUCUCUUUCCCAGGGUCUUGCAGUCAACUCCUCCUUAACUAAUUUGGAUUUGAGUUGUAACAGCAUUGAUGAUUCUGGUUCUGCAUCUCUUUUCCUGGCUCUUGCAGUCAACUCCUCCUUAACUAAGCUGGAUUUGAGUUGGAACAGUAUUGGUAACUCUGGUGCUGCACCUAUUUCCCAGGGUCUUGCAGUCAACUCUUCCUUAACUGAGCUUGAUUUGAGUAUUAACCAAAUUGGUGACUCUGGUGCUGCAUCUGUUUCCCAGGGUCUUGCAAGCAACUCCUCCUUAACUAAGCUGGAUUUAAGUUGGAACAGAAUUGGUGAAUCUGGUGCUGCAUCUAUUUCCCAGGGUCUUGCAGGCAUUUCCUCCUUAACUAAGCUGGAUUUGAGUGGGAACCGCGUUGGUGAUUCUGGUGCUGCAUCUCUUUCCCAGGGUCUUGCAGUCAACUCCUCCUUAACUAAGCUGGAUUUGAGUUGGAACAGCAUUGGUGAUUCUGGUGCUGCAUCUAUUUCCCAGGGUCUUGCAGUCAACUCCUCCUUAACUAAGCUGGAUUUGAGUCGAAACAGCAUUGGUGAUUCUGGUGCUGCAUGUCUUUCCCAGGCUCUUGCAGUCAACUCCUCCUUAACUAAGCUGGAUUUGAGUGGGAACCGCAUUGGUGAUUCUGGUGCUGCAUCUCUUUCCCAGGGUCUUGCAGUCAACUCCUCCUUAACUAAGCUGGAUUUGAGUGGGAACAGCAUUGGUGAUUCUGGUGCUGCAUGUCUUUCCCAGGGUCUUGCAGUCAACUCCUCCUUAACUAAGCUGGAUUUGAGUGGGAACAGCAUUGGUGAUUCUGGUGCUGCAUCUCUUUCCCAGGGUCUUGCAGUCAACUCCUCCUUAACUAAGCUGAAUUUGAGAGUGAGCAGCAUUGGUGAUACUGGUGCUGCAUCUCUUUCCCAGGCUCUUGCAGUCAACUCCUCUUUAACUAAUUUGGAUUUGAGUGGGAAUCAUAUUGGUGAUUCUGGUGCUGCUUCUCUUUCUAAGGCUCUUGCAGUCAACUCCUCCUUAACUAAGCUGGAUUUGAGUCGGAACCGCAUUGGUGAUUCUGGUGCUGCAGCUCUUUCCCAGGCUCUCGCAGUCAAGUCCUCCUUAACUGAGCUGGAUUUGAGUGAGAACAGUAUUAGUGAUUCUGGUGCUGCUGAAUUGCCCAAU